GCCAGCAACAACCAAGAUGCAGAUCCUCUCGACGAUCACCGCCGCUGCCGUAGCUAUCACCGCCAUUGCGCUCGUCCUUGCCGAGCAGGAGGUUCACCUUAAGGUGCGCGUGACCGACAAGUUCUACGUUACGCCCAUCGGCAAGCAGUGCGCCUUCAACAACUGCGUGGAUCCGUCCAUGUACCCGUGCGCCAACAGCGGCGUAUGCGUGCGCCUCAACUACACGUACGGCAAGUGCAGCGACGACGCGAAGGACAAGGCGACUGAGCAGGACCUCAACGACCCCAAGCUGCUCUGCCCCUUCCCGAACCCGUACAACAGCAAGCUCGGCUCCGUGGACAGCGACGAGAGUUACGACAGCUACGACAGCUAUGACAGCCAGUAAAUGGGAAGACAGAGUUAAUCUGCCAACUUCAGUGUAGCCACACAAACAUGUACAUCUCCAAAUCCACCGCUUUAGCCUUUA